AUGCAUGGUGUGUAAUUAUGGAUGGAUGUGGAUGCCAAAAGGCCAUCCACACAGUACACACACAACCGGACCGGCGCCUGUCUGUCAUAAUAGCUAUGUCUAAAGCUACUUGUUUUGUACGUACUGUAAAAAUACAAUAAAAUGUAAAAGGCUAAUUUAAUAAGUUAACACAGUGACAGAAAACUCCCACAACGCACAUGAUCUUCAAAUCAAAAUGACGACAGAUAUGAGAUAAAUAAUGCAACAUUACGAUUCGCGAAUCGUGAGUUUCGUGGUCAACAUUUCUUCUACGUUUUCUCAUCUCCAUCAAUCAAUCAAAUCGUGAUCAUGAACACCCAGCAGUCGAACCUUGGAUUUGAAAGAUACAUGAAUCGGCUUUAGACACUCAACAGAAUCCCGCCAACAGAGGGCUGCCAUGAAUCCGCAGCAAGGCUGAACAAACACAGAACACCUCUGAGAAUCAGCAAACUUGGUUGCUGUUUUGUCAUUGUGCCAACAUUAUAUUGAACCUCGAGAUUCUGAAUCCCAGGUUGGACUACAGAGUCGGUGGGCGUUGGAUCAUUCCGAUCACUGACACUCUUAGCUCAGUGGAACGUACCCUGAGUGAUUCAAAGAGCUUUGUUUCCCUCACAGAGACCCCUUUUUCCGUCGAGGGUAGCCGGCAAAGAAGGAAACAAUGAUUGCAGGGGAUUGGAGACCGUUUGUCUAUGGAGGCAUCGGUUCUGUUACUGCUGAGUUUGGUACCUUCCCCAUCGAUUUGACCAAGACUCGACUGCAGGUUCAAGGUCAACAGACGGGAAGCUACAAGGAGCUCAAGUACCGAGGGAUGACCCACGCACUGGUCAAGAUCUCAAAGGAGGAAGGCGUAAAGGCCCUCUACUCUGGAAUCAGACCGGCCAUCCUACGCCAGGCGUCGUACGGCACAAUUAAAAUGGGCUGCUACCACUCCUUUAAGAGACUCCUGGUGGAGAACCCCGAAAACGAGACACUACUCGUCAACGUGGUGUGCGGCGUAACGGCUGGUGUGCUGGCGUCAUCUAUCGCAAACCCCACCGACGUGCUGAAGGUACGGAUGCAGGCGCAGGGCGCCAGUUUUGCCAACACCAGCGGCAUGAUGAGCUCCUUUGUGAACAUCUUUCAGGAGGAAGGAACCCGGGGAUUAUGGCGGGGUGUGGUCCCCACAGCGCAGAGAGCAGCCGUCGUCUGUGGUGUAGAACUCCCGGUCUACGAUUGGUUCAAAAAGUGGAUCAUUGACAAUAAUUGGCUGGGAGACACCAUGUCAACUCACUUCAUUGCCAGCUUUGUCGCUGGCUUUGCUGGAGCUGUUGCGUCAACGCCCAUCGAUGUCGUCAAGACACGACUAAUGAACCAAAGAAACCUACGAGGUUGCUCCAGUAAAGCUCAACACAUCUACAAGAACUCAUUAGACUGUCUGGUCAAGACGUUCAAGUACGAGGGAUUCUUCGCUCUGUAUAAAGGCUUCAUACCAACAUGGGUGAGACUUGGACCUUGGAAUAUUAUUUUUUUUAUUACAUACGAGCAGAUGAAGAAGCUUCCGUUAUGAUGCGGUCACAUCCUGUCAAGCGAGGGCCUGCCUUGAGGGUGCACAAACAAAAAUGAAAUCUUGCCUUGAAGUAGAGUGCGUGGAAGUCUACAACACUGCAACUCCUACCUGCAGAGAACAACUCUUAUGUUAGGGAAAACAGAUUGAUCAACAUAUUUUUUUACCAAAAACAAAAAAUCAGGUUUUGAUGGGAGAAAUUGUUUAGGUUCUGAUUAGGACCAGAUAUGAGGUGGAAUCUUUGUCAAGUUUAAAAAACAUUGGCGAGUAUUCAGGAGUUCAGGGAGUUCAGAGGUCACAAGACAGAGUAGCACAAGCAAAGAAUUGGCGCUUACAGAUCAGGGACAUCGAUGAGAGAAAUGUAUAGGUUCUGAUAACUAGACAGGAUAUGAAGUGGAUCUUUGUCAAGUUUGGAAAACAUUGGCGAGUGAUAAGGAAUCUAGGAAUUCAAAGGUCACAGGAGGGAGUAGGGUCUAGUGUCAUGGCUCUGUCUACCGCUAAGCGAAGAAUUGGCGCUUACAGAAGCAGGGACAUCAGUCUGGGCGACCAGUCAACUAGUGUCAAAAGUCAUAACUAUUAAACAUGUUAAAUGCCAUGUCUAGUCGAGACUGCUGCUUCCUGGUCAACCACGCUGCAAUGAUCACUGAAAAGUGGUUGCGACUAAGCAUCAAGGAAAUGAAUUGGUUCUUUAGAAGCAGGGUCAUUGGCUCUUGCCUCUUAAGCGUAUUGGUGUGUAAUGCAGGUAACAGAACCCAGUGCACUUAUCGUAAAGAGACCGGGUUCACUUCGUGAUCCUGGUUUGAUCGGCUGCAAAUUAUACAAAUAUUGACUGCUUCGAGUGCUAUGGUUAAAACAACGACACCCGAGGUGAUCCCCGAGCAGUCUAUUUUCCCGAGGCGUAGCCGAGUGGAAAUGGAACGGUGCGAGGAUCACCGAGGGAGUCGUUGUUUUAACCAUAGCACGAGUUAAAGCAGUCAAUAUUUGUUACACGUAUGCACAACUGAUUGGGUUGGAGGUGGUUAAAAAGACGUCUGGGUACUGCACGUCGCCGGACUACCACACGGCAAAGGUCGCAUUAUCAGAACGGCAAACGAUCUCACGGCCGCCGUCUAGUAAAAGUGAGACAUAACAUGUGAUGCGAUCUUAACCAAUGAACGGGCAGAAACCACAGCACCUUGUAAACCAUUACAUGGUGCUACAUGGAUUAGGUCUUGUACUUGCAAAACAGUGCUCUGCUUACCUUGCAUGAAUAAUACUGAAUAUUGAAAGGCCUUAAAGGAACACGUUGCCUUGGAUCCGACGAGUACAAUACAAUGAUCCACACAAA